AUGACAUCCACUUCUGAUGUCUGCUCCCAUUUGAGUUUGACCUUGAUACCCUCUCAGUCUGCAUUUGACACCGGAUUUUCAUGGCCAACUGCACAGAAACGCGCUGCGGCAGUCACACUUCAGGGCAGAGCUCCUUUGAAUCCCUCGAACCCUGCUCAAAUACUCUUCCCUGCCCCUUUGGUCCUUCCCGAAGAUGAACUUUCUCUCGAUCCAAAGUAUCCCGCUCAGAGCCUACGUUCUUGGACACGGUCAAAAGAACGGAAUCGAGUUACAAAGGAGAAAAGGACAAUAUACGUUGCAGAACCACCUUCCGUGGACCCAAAUCUUGAUGCUAUCCAACAAUGGUCUCAGCCAAAGGUACCCCGGGUUACUGUGAUGUCCGAACCUCGAAUACAAGAGGUCCUUGAUUAUCUAACCGCGUUCUAUCACGGUGUGAAUGUCAAGCGGCUACCUACGAAGCUUGUAUACACUAGCUGGAACACUGGAAAGUUACCGUCCAACAUCGGUAAGAAGCACGGUCAUAUAGGACUAAAUAUUGGCAACGAGUGUGUCCGUAUUCGCACAAGAGUUUCAAAAGAUUUUUUUAUCCAACAACUCAACCUCGAUGAUUUGCUUGAUGCUGCAACGUCUUUACUGCCCAAUGACGCAUAUGCCCUCCUCCUCCUCGUCUCGCACGACAUUUACGAAAACGAGGAAGACGACUUUGCUUGUGGGCGCGCUUACGGUGGGAGUCGUAUUGCAGUUGUGAGCACUGCACGCUAUAAUCCUGUUCUCGAUGUUGUUCAGAACAUCGACCGCGAACAUUCGUGGCCUGCAUCACAUUGUUCGACUUAUAUACAGUCAUGUUGUACCCAAAGUGCAAAAUCUUUGAGGAAGAAGCGGCACAAAAAAACAGGCACAAAAAAGGAACUUGGGCAGUCUUCCAACGAUGGUUCUGGGCCGAUUCAUGCAGCGUUGGCCGCCCAUCGUGCGCUUCCUUCUUCGCAAUCUCCCAGUGCCUGCUCUGGCUUAUGGCUCGCUCGUGUCUGCCGCACUGCUAGCCACGAACUUGGGCACUGUUUCGGAAUGGAUCACUGCAUUUACUAUGCUUGCGCAAUGCAAGGUACAGCUUCUUUAGCUGAAGACGCUCGACAGCCACCUUAUGUUUGCCCAGUCGAUUUAGCGAAGAUACUGCAAGCUUGUAGUACCACCAGAGAAUUACGUUACGAGGCAUUACUCUCAUUUUGUGAUAGAUACAAAGACGUGCGCCAUUUCAGUGCCUUUGCAGCCUGGAUCAGGAGCCAAUAA